UUUAUAUGCGCGUUGGUAACUAAAUUAAUGCCAUGUCGUUGCUCCCUCCAUUAAAGCUUAAUCCAAAAACCUUGCCAGCUCGCGGCUCUUCCUCCUCUCCGACCGCAGCUGCCGCGCUCCGGCCAAGUUAGUUCGGUUCGGACUCAUGGAGGUUUUGUUCGGAUAGUUAACGCGUAAGAUUUUGGGUCCGAGGGCGUUCGGCGAGGAUCCUGUUGUGUGUUGAAUUUGUAUUGUUGUUUGGUAGUUCGGUGGUGGCGGAGUUGGAGGUCGGAGUUGUGUGGGAUGAGGGGGGCGUCGGCGACGAGUCAUGAGCGGCGAUGGCCGUCGGACUCGGUGGCGGUGCCGGAGGGGAAGGGGAUGAGCCGGGCGUCGUCGUCGGGGACGUCGGCGAUGGCGUCCGACGAUGGGGAGGAGUUCGUGGAGGUGACGAUCGAUCUGCAGGACGACGACACCAUCGUGCUCCGCAGCGUAGAGCCGGCGGCGGCGGAUGCGGCGGCGGCGGCGAAUGAGGCCGGGUACGCGUCGGACGCGACGUGGUCGGAGAUGGCGUCGGCGUCACGGUCGCCGUCCAUCGGGCGGAGCUCGUCGCACCGGCUGCGGCAGAUCUCGCAGGAGUUGAAGGCGGAGGCGGUGGCGCGGGCGCGGCAGCUGAAGGAGGACCUCAAGGCGGAGCUCAAAAGGUUCACGUGGGGCCACGGCCCGCCCUCGCGGCAGCCCGUCCUGUCCUCCUCGACGUCUCAGGGGGUCGACUCCGCGCUGGCCGCCAGGGCCGCGCGCCGGCAGCGGGCGCAGCUCGAUCGGACCAGAUCCGUCGCCCAGAAGGCCCUCCGAGGCCUCCGAUUCAUCAGCGGCCGCAACGCCAACGGCGUCGACGCGUGGAACGAGGUGCAGAGCAACUUCGACAAGCUCGCGCGCGACAACUACCUCGCCCGAUCCGAUUUCGCCCAAUGCAUAGGAAUGAAAGACUCCAAGGAGUUCGCACUGGAGCUGUUCGACGCAUUGACUAGGAGACGUAGGUUGAAUGCCGAGCGGAUCAGCAGAGAGGAACUCCACGAGUUCUGGUGUCAGAUCACCGACCAAAGCUUCGAUUCUCGACUCCAGAUCUUCUUCGACAUGGUGGACAAGAACGAGGACGGCCACAUCACAGAGGAGGAAGUCAAAGAGAUAAUAAUGCUCAGUGCGUCUGCUAAUAAGCUGUCGAGGCUGAAAGAACAAGCAGAGGAGUACGCAGCUCUAAUAAUGGAGGAGUUGGAUCCCGAGAGACUCGGCUACAUCGAGCUUUGGCAACUGGAGACGUUGCUGCUGCAAAAGGACACGUACAUCAACUACAGCCAAGCGCUGAGCUACACGAGCCAGGCGCUGAGCCAGAACCUGGGGGGGCUGAGGAAGAAGGGACCAAUCCGGAAGCUGACCGCCAAGGUGGCCUACUACGUGGAGGAGAACUGGAAGAGGCUUUGGGUGGUGACGCUGUGGAUCGCCGUCAUGGCCGGACUCUUCACCUGGAAAUUCAUACAGUACCGCAACAGGUACGCGUUCCACGUCAUGGGAUACUGCCUCACCACCGCCAAGGGCGCCGCCGAGACGCUGAAGCUUAACAUGGCUCUCAUCCUCCUCCCAGUGUGCCGGAACACCAUCACCUGGCUACGCUCCACCCGCCUCGCCCGUGCCCUGCCAUUCGACGACAACAUCAACUUCCACAAGACCAUAGCAGCAGCGAUAGUCGUCGGAGUAAUCCUCCACGCAGGCAACCAUAUCACUUGUGACUUUCCCCGGCUAAUCUCUUCCUCCGAUGAGAAGUACCAAGGCUUGCAACGUUAUUUUGGGGACACAAAGCCAACCUACUUAGAUCUCAUGCGAGGCGUCGAGGGCAUCACUGGAAUCAUAAUGGUGGUCUGCAUGGUGGUGGCUUUCGUCCUCGCAACACACUGGUUUCGUCGGAGCCUAGUGAAGUUCCCAAAGCCCUUCGAUAGGCUCACUGGUUUCAAUGCCUUUUGGUACUCUCACCACCUGUUUGUCAUCGUCUACAUUUUGUUGAUUGUCCAUGGCGAAUUUCUCUACCUCAUCCAUAAGUGGUACAAUAAGACAACAUGGAUGUAUCUUGCAGUUCCUGUUCUUCUGUACGUCGGGGAGAGGAGCCUAAGAGCCCUCAGGUCCGGUCAUUACUCCGUUCGCUUACUAAAGGUAGCCAUAUAUCCAGGCAAUGUUCUUACGCUUCAAAUGUCGAAGCCUGCAGCAUUCCGCUACAAGAGUGGUCAGUACAUGUUUGUGCAGUGCCCCGCCGUCUCCCCCUUUGAAUGGCAUCCUUUCUCAAUCACUUCUGCUCCUGGAGACGACUACUUGAGCGUCCACAUUAGACAACUCGGUGAUUGGACAAGGGAACUAAAGCGAGUUUUUGCGGCGGCAUGUGAACCUUCAGUUGCAGGAAAGAGUGGCCUUUUGAGAGCAGAUGAUGCUACCAAGAAGAGUUUGCCAAAGCUUUUGAUCGACGGGCCUUACGGUGCUCCGGCCCAAGAUUACAAGAAGUAUGACGUUCUUCUCCUCGUCGGCCUCGGCAUUGGUGCAACACCUUUCAUUAGCAUAUUGAAGGAUCUACUUAACAACAUUGUCAAAAUGGAAGAGGAGAAUGAUACACUCUCCGAGCUCUGCCCACCGACGGUGCCGCAAAAUGGGGAGCGAGUCGAUUUGGCCACACUCAUGAAGGCCUCACGCAGAGUAAAGUGGACUCUCAAAACAACAAAUGCAUAUUUCUAUUGGGUUACGCGGGAGCAAGGCUCCUUCGAUUGGUUUAAAGGAGUCAUGAAUGAAGUGGCUGAGUCAGACCAAAGGGGCAUAAUCGAGAUGCACAAUUACUUGACGAGCGUGUACGAGGAAGGAGACGCAAGGUCAACUCUAAUCACCAUGAUCCAAGCUCUCAACCACGCGAAGAAUGGUGUUGACAUAGUCUCUGGCACUAGGGUUCGCACUCAUUUUGCUAGACCCAACUGGAAGAAAGUCUUCACCAAGAUUAGUUCCAAGCAUCCCUGCGCAAAAAUAGGAGUAUUCUACUGUGGAGCACCGGUUCUAGGGCAGGAGGUAGGCAAGUUGUGCCAUGACUUCAACCAGAGGGGUUCCACCAAGUUCGAGUUCCACAAGGAGCAUUUCUGAUCCAUAUUGAUAUAGAUGACUCAGUAGAGAAAAAAAAAUGUAUAGCCUUUUUAUUUAUUUUUCCAAAAUUAUAUUGUGAGUAGAGGGAGAGGAGAAGAGAAAUAAAAAAUAAGAAAAAGUUAAUGAAAGUCUAUUUUGCUGG